AUGACGAGGAUGCUACAGUAUCUUCUAUUUUGGAAUAAUAAGAAGUAUCUAGUCAAUUGUUAUUCCUAGUUGUAGUACGAUUUUAAUAAGGAGUAGAUAAGGAAAAGAACAAACUUUUGCAAAAUAGAAUGUUAUGUUAACACUUUUAAUAAAAGGAAAUCAACAACUUUCCUAUCCGUCCAGCUUGGACGUGGUGGCCCUUUACACUUCAGUCCCGGUCAAUGAAGCCAUCAACGUUGCCGUCGACAAUUUUCCAUCUACCACUGGACCACUUACAAGGGAAGACAUUCAACAACUUUCCUAUCCGUUCAGCUUGGACGCGGUGGCCCUUUACACUUCAGUCCCGGUCAAUGAAGCCAUCAACAUUGCAGUCGACAAUUUUCCAUCCACCACUGGACCACUUACAAGGGAAGACAUUAAAGAUCUUCUAACUGUCCUAUUACACAAUACCUACUUCUGUUUCAAUACUCAGGUUUUCCUGCAGAUCGAGGACCUUCCGAUGGGAUCAAGCCUUUCAGGCAUCCUAGCUAUCCUGUUUAUGGAUAGGCUGGAUUGCGGUGUUAUCGACCUUUACAACAUUUCCAACCCAUACGAUAGAUAUGUUGAUGAUAUAUACAGCCAGGCCUCAGAUGAGAAAGAAGCAGAUGCAUUCCAUUCUAUUAUGAACUCGGCACACCCACGGAUACAGUUUGAAAUUGAAAAGCCAAAUACCUCCCCGGAUGGUCGAUCCCUUUCUCUGCUGGAUGUCACGGUUACCAUCAGACCAGACGGGAAUACAGAGUUUGAAUUCUACAAAAAGAAAGCAAAGAAACCUAUCUUCAUCAACUAUAAAUCAGCUAUACCUAAGAAGACCAAGCGAAAUAUCAUCCGUAACGAAAUGUGA